AAGUUUUCAUUAUACGAGACGCUAUAUCAACAGCUGUUUGAGAUUGUUCAUUAAAUUAAGUUAAAAUAAACAAAUAUGACUGAAUUCCAAUGGCCCUGGGAGUACACAUUUCCACCGUUCUUCACUUUGCAGCCGCACGAAGAAACCAGACAGCAGCAGUUGAAGGUCUGGACGGAUCUCUUUCUCAAAUACCUCAAGCAUACGAAUAAGUUUUCACUCAGCAUCAACGAACAGAGCUUGCCUCUAUUCCACAAUGAGUCUAUUCAGCGACGCCUUUCGCCGGAGCUCAUACUAGUGAUACUGGAGCAACUGCAGCGGAGUGGGCAUGCAACUGCUUUGGACAAACGUCGCCAGGAGUGGCAAGUGUAUUGGUACACGCUGGAGGCGUAUGGGAACAUGGUAUACGAUUGGAUACAGGAGACGGGCCAGACCAACAGCAUUUGCACCCUGUACGAAAUAGCUUCUGGCGAGAGCACCACUCAGAUGGAUUUCCAUGGCGUGGAUGAGUCAGUGCUCCUAAAUGCACUACGACUGCUGGAAGAGAAGGGCAGAUGUGAGCUAAUUGAGAUAGAUGGCAGCCAUGGUGUCAAAUUCUUCUAAGUGUUUUGUAAAUGUAUUCUCUCGACUGUGGCUUUUAAAAUGAACAAAAAAGAAAGCGUUGCCGGUCCCACAAAGAAUGACCAUUAAUGUACUAUGUACCCAUAUUUUAAAGUAAUAUCAAUAGACUAGUCGAUAUAUGUUAGCCAUAUCCAUCUGAAGAUAUACUGUCACAGGAAGUUCUUUUCAGCUUACUGCUUUCUUAAGAGAAUUUCCAUCGCAAUUUUUAAAGCAUAUAUAAAUGUAUCGAGAUGAAUGAAUGCACUUUCUAUAAAAGUGGACACAAA